AUGAAGAUUUGCGUCCUGAUUUCAUCCUACGAGGGGACAGGGGAAGAGUUUCGUGAAGUUCCGCCCGAUUAUCAAGACCCCUCAAUCUGGGCAUCUAAUCAUGAUUUCAUCUUGAAAUACGUCACCAAGGAGGAUGCCAUUGAGAAGAUUACUGAAGUCCUCGGGGAGGGGUAUGAUUUCAUUUGGAAUUUCAUGUGGGGACUGGAAUCCUAUUGUGUUGCGGGGGUGGAAGCCACUCGAUAUUUGGAGUCUACGGGUUAUCCUAUGCUGGGAACUUCGUCAAAAUAUAUGAGCCUAACUAAGCUUGAUUUUAAGAUUGCAGCUGCUCAACUGGGAAUCCCAACUCCGAAAUGGACCGUUGCCUCAAAUUUAGACAUGAAGGGGAUGAAUUAUCCCCUCAUCGUGAAGCCAAGCGAUGGUUAUUGCAGCCUUCAUAUGAGCAAGAAUUCCAUUUGCAAGAAUGUAGAGCAAGUUCUGGAACAAACAGAGUACUUAAAAGGACAAAAACAUAAUCCAGUUGGAGAUGUUUUGAUUGAAGAAUUCAUUCCGGGUGACGAUGUUUCCUGCAUGGUCCUGGAAACUUGGGGAGGGGUUGUCGCACUUUUGCCAAUUAUAUAUGAGUACCCACAAGGGAAAGGGGAGUUUGAACAUUUUCUGGAUUGGAAUUCCAAAUGUGCGCCACUUCUGGGGUUAAAGGAAGCCGGGGGGUUGGUGACCUACAGGAUCAUGGAGGAUGGGAAAGAUGAGAUGGUUGGCAAGAUUCAGGAUGCCAGUGUGGAUGCUUUCGUAUCGUUGGGUGUGGCAGGGAGUGGGUAUGCCAGGGUGGAUCUGAGAAUUCAUGGGGAUCAAGUAUUUGUGUUAGAGGUAAACCACACCCCUGCCUUUUUCUGUCCCAAGGGAAAUUUGUACGGGGAUGAUGACGUGAUUGAAAAGACAUUCCCUGGAGGCCACAACGGCCUAGUGGAUGCCAUAAUAUCAGCAAAGAAAGUAAUCGAAGGAGUUAAAGGAUUCUACGACACGGUUUCGCUCAAAUAUGACGAAGCCUUCCACACCCUUAGAAAUCUCCAGGUUUGGGAAGAAAUCGUAGACGCUAAGAACUUUUCUGGAUCUGUCCUCGACCUUGGAAGUGGGACGGGUUAUCUUGGGAACUUAAUUUUGGAUAAAUCCAGUAACUGCGAACUGGUUGGAAUUGAUGCCUCCGAGAAAAUGGCGGAGUUUGCGAGACGCUACUCAAAAAUCCAUAUUGGUCUAAUUCAAAAUGUGAUGGGAGAGUUGGGACGACAAUUUGACCAUAUUGUGGGCUAUGGGGUGUUUUUUGCUUUGGAUAAUGCCAACUUUGAGAAAACUUUGUGCCUUUGUUUUGCCACGGCGGAGAAAUCAAUCACCCUCACGGUGGAAGAUAUCCGGCAGGAAGUGACUGAUGCAAUGUUGCAAUGUGAUCCAACAUUCAUGACGCACAAUAAUGUACCGAUACUGGAAAUUUUAAGAUUCCGGAGGGAUGGGGUUUGGAUUUUUGGAGGUAUGAGAAAGCCUGGAAAUCACCAAGUACUGGAUUUGAUAUUUCUGCAGUAA